AUGGGGUUCAAGGGCAUGUUCGAUCUAGAGAAGCACUACGCGUUCUACGGCGCGUACCACCGCCACCGGGUCAACGUCCUGAUGCACACCCUCUUCGUGUGGCCGCUCUUCUUCUCCUUCCUCGUCCUCUUCUACUUCACCCCUCCCAUCUGCAGCCUCUUCUUCAGCGUCCCCCCCAAGUGCUUCCUGACCAGCCACGGCCUGCUCCUCAACUUCGGCUUCUUCCUCGCCCUGCUCUACGCCGUCACCUACGUGUGCCUGGACUGGAAAGCCGGCUCUCUGGCCGCUCUGCUCUGCUUGGCCUGUUGGGUCGGCUCGAGCCUGCUCGCACAGCAGCUCGGCUUCUCUCUGGCAUGGAAGUUCUUUCUGGCGUCGCAAGUGAUAUGCUGGGCCGGUCAGUCCAUCGGUCACGGAGUGUUUGAGAAACGAGCCCCCUCGAACAACAUGGCGCAAGCAUUCGUGAUGGCUCCUUUCUUCGUACUGUUGCAGGUUCUGCAGACAACCUGCGGGUACGAGCCAUACGCAGGGUUCAACCGAAGCGUGGAAGGGAAGAUAGAGGCUGAAAUCGAGCAGUUGCAGAGCAAGACACCCAGCAAGAAGAAGGCCGCUUAGUCAACAAACGUCAACCGGGCUUCUCCGUCGGAGCUCGAGUCAACGCUGGUCUUUAAGAUUGUAAUUUUGUAUGGUUGGGUUUCCAUUGAGCAGAGUUUGACUGAAUCUUCGUCUUUUGAUUGAGAUGGAGUAGCUGAAAUCGCCCUUCAAGUCUUGGUUCUUGAGUUAUGCCAUCCAUGAUUAUUCUAUCAUUUCAUCGUUUUGGGUUAUGACACAGCAGACAGAAUAAAGGAUAACAUUUUUAUUUA